AUGAAGUCUGCGCAAGAAGAGGCUACCGCAAGACUGAGACAAAUUGAAAAAGUAGGAGUCAAGGGUGACACCCAGGGACAGAAGGAUAGCUUGGUCGACGAACUGGUGCGCAGUAGCCAGCGAUUGCAAAAGUGCACAACCGAUUACGAAAUCCUGAGCACGAUGACGGUGACGUUCUUCCGCAACCUGCAACGCAUCGACGAAUUGAUUGAUCAAGUGAGCGACCGACUGAAAUUCGAACCGACGUCGUAUUCGGCAGAGGAAAUCGAGUCCAUCAUUCAGGAGCAGAGUGCCAACACCAAGGCGAUUUCUGAGUUGCUGCGGUUCGUGGAAAACGAGGGGCAGGAGAUCAUCAUGAAAUCGGCUAGCGAGAGUUUCACCUCCGAAAUCAGGCGAGAGUGCGAGAAGAUACCGCAGAUAAUUGCCAAACGGUCCGCAAAGUGGCAUGAGUUCGUUUCUACUAAAAGUACUGUUCUCGAGGAGACGAAGAAGGUAAAGGAAUUCGAGAAACAACUGACAGAAAUCGAGAAGACGAUAUCGCACUUGCAACGACAAUUAAUGGAGAUGAAAAGCCACCUUGGCAACUCGCCUCAGGCAGUCGAUAUGUGCAAGGGCGAAUUGAAAAAGUUGGAGGAACAGAUCACAAUGUGGUCUAUGGUGAAGAACUUGUUUGGAAAUCACAUUGUUCUUUACAAGCGCGCAGUUCAUGGUCUUUUUCCGGAUACGGCUGAGACUGAUUCUGGUAAAGACCUUGUAACUUUGUGUCAGGAGAGCGGAUGGAUCGAUAGUUUUGGCAGUCUUCAGCAUCUUCAGCAUCACCUUUCUUGA